CAAGCCCAGACAUUUCUGGUGAGCGCUUCACAACUCACACAAUCCUAUACAAUACUCCAUAUUAUAAAGUCACCUUUUUCGAAAAGUAAUAUUUAAAUCGAGCAUCAUGCUUGACUUCCUAUCCUUAGCUUUCGUGGUGGCGGUGAAGGUUUUCAAGAAAACCACACCCAAUGGAAAGGUUACGGUUUACCUGGGCAAGCGGGACUUCAUUGAUCACGUUGACUACUGCGAUCCUGUCGAUGGAGUCGUAGUGGUUGACACCGAGUACCUGAAAGGACGAAAAGUUUACAGCCAGCUGGUCACGACCUACCGAUUCGGUCGCGAAGAAGAUGAGGUCAUGGGAGUCAAAUUCUCGAAGGAACUGGUCAUCGGCCAGGACCAAGUGGUACCAAUGGUCAACGCGAAAAUGGAACUGACACCUGUCCAAGAAAAGCUCUUGAAAAAGCUCGGACCAAAUGCCUUCCCAUUCACAUUUACCUUCCCUGAAAUGUCGCCCAGCUCGGUCACUCUGCAACCAUCUGAUGAGGAUCAGGGCAAACCCAUGGGUGUGGACUACUGCGUGCGAACCUACGUAGCUGACAACGAGGAUGACAAGGGCCACAAAAGGAGCUCCGUUACCCUUGCUAUCAAGAAGCUGCAACAUGCCCCAGCUUCUCGCGGACGACGCCUACCUAGCUCCCUUGUCAGCAAGGGCUUCACUUUCAGCAACGGCAAGAUCAGUUUGGAAGUGACCCUCGACAAGGAAAUCUACUAUCAUGGAGAGAAGGUUGCCGCCAACAUCAUCGUUUCCAACAACUCCAGGAAAUCUGUUCGCAACAUCCGCUGCAUGGUUGUACAGCAUGUUGAGAUUACCAUGAUCAACUCUCAAUUCAGCCGCCACGUUGCAUCUCUGGAAAGCCGCGAGGGUUGCCCAGUAACACCCGGAGCUAGCCUGUCUAAGACCUUCUACUUGGUGCCUCUGGCUCGCAGCAACAAGGAUAUUCGAGGCGUCGCCCUGGACGGCCACCUUAAGGAGGAUGACGUCAACCUCGCAAGCUCUACCCUGGUGUCGGAGGGCAAGUGCCCAGCUGAUGCUAUUGGUAUCGUGGUAUCUUACUCCGUACGAGUGAAGCUGAACUGCGGAACUCUGGGAGGCGAGCUUGUUACGGACGUGCCAUUCAAACUGCUGCAUCCUGCUGAGGGAAGCGUAGAACGCCAACGUUUCAACGCAAUGAAGAAGAUGCAAUCCAUUGAGCGUCACCGCUACGAAAAUUCUCUGUAUGCCAACGAGGAGGAAGACAACAUCGUUUUUGAGGACUUCGCCCGCCUUAGGAUGAACGAACCGGAAUAAAGGACUUGUAACAUCACAUUCAUCGCCACCAAAAAAAAUUGAAAAAAAAAAUAUAAAAAACACAAAAAAAAAUCAAGUAACACCACGAAACUAGGCUCACUCGAUUGAUUAAUUCGAUUCAAAUCAUUCUUUUACCGUCAUCUUCCUACGGAUUGGUAACAUUAACCUCUGCACUGAAUUUCAGUUGUAACUAAAUUUUAUAUUUAAGUUACUGUUGUGUUAUCAGGAUAGUGUGAGUUCGUUAGUAGUAAAAUUUGAAAUGUAAUCUAAAUUAAAUAAUCAAAACUGUAAUAUGAAUCACCAGUCAAAUUACCUUAUUCGUUGUGAACCUUUGUGAAGAUCAAUAAACAGCCAUCACCAGAA